AUGUCCAGCCCAACCCAGUGGGUUCUAACCAACAAGCCUACCGAUCUCCCCGAACUCUCUGGUCCCAAUCAGACUUUCACCCUCGAAACGGCCUCGCUGCCCUCCCUGAACGAUGACCAAGUCCUCGUCAGGUCGCUCUAUAUAUCCAAUGACCCUGCCCAGCUCCCGCAAGAUGGCAUCAUGCGCGCUCGAUCGAUCGCCCAAGUCGUCGAGUCCAAAUCGUCCAAUUACAGCAGGGGCGACAAGGUGUUGGCUACAACAGGUUGGGCGGAAUACUCGGUGCAGGACGCCGUGGAAUGCCAGGCCUGUGAGGACAUCCCCGGUUUGAGCGCCACGCAUUAUUUGGGCGCUUUCGGUUUGACCGGCUUGACGGCUUACUACGGAACGAAAAUCAUAGCGAGGGUGGGGAGGGAGGAUACUGUUGUCGUCAGUGGAGCUGCAGGGGCUACGGGGAGUAUGGUCGUUCAGAUUGCGAAGAAGAUGCUGGGGUGCAAGAAGGUAGUUGAUAUAGCGGGGAGUGAUGACAAGGCCAAAUGGGUCGAGAGUUUGGGAGCUGACGUGUGUCUGAAUUACAAGAAGUUCUGCUUUAAGCAGGAUUUAGUCAAGGCGACUGAUGGCUUUGUGGAGGUUUAUUUCGACAACGUCGGAGGCGAGAUUCUCGAUCUGAUGUUGAUGCGGAUGAAGCAGGGAGGCAGGAUCGCUGCUUGUGGGGCUAUCACCGAUUAUAAUAGAAAUGAGAAGCAAACGACCUUGAAGAAUUGGUUUGAGGACUUUUGGGCGGAAGGAAAGGGGCCGCAGGCUGUGAAAGAGAUGGUGACAGCGGCGAAGGAAGGAAAGAUCAAGGUGGGCGAGGAGAAUGAGACUGUGGUUGAUAAUAAGUUUGAAGAUGUACCGAAGACGUGGAUGUCGCUGCUUGAGGGGGCGAACACGGGGAAGCUGGUCACGAAGCUGGUUUGA